GAAAUACCUUCAUUGGAUCAAGAAAAAACCAAACUUGAGCCUGGUCAACCCCAGCUCUCUCCUGGCAUUUCGACUAUUCAUCUGCAUCCACAGUUUCCAGUAGUGAUUGAAAAAACAUCACCUCCUGUGCCUGUUGAAAUAGCUCCUGAAGCUUCUACAUCAAGUGCCAGCCAAGUGAUCGCGCCUACUCAAGUAACAGAAAUCAAUGAAUGUACUGUGAACCCUGAUAUCUGUGGAGCAGGACACUGCAUUAACCUACCGGUGAGAUAUACCUGUAUAUGCUACGAGGGUUACAAGUUCAGUGAACAACAGAGGAAAUGUGUUG